AUUUUGUGUAUCGGAGGGUUAGUGGCAUGUCUUACCUCCAAUUUGUAUGCAUUGAGAUUAACGAAGUAAAAGUAUAAACGAUAAUCUACAUAAAAAUGUGAUAAGCCUGAUCAUAGUAUAAUUUUAUAGUUACGCAACAAAAUAAAUUUGAUAAAGACAUCUGAAAUACAUUCCACAAGUGAUAAUAUUGUGUUAUAAAAAAUUUAUUAAUGAAAAUCUAGCCGAAAUUGAAAGCAACUUAGAGCAUUCAUCAACAUGUCAAUUAGCGAAGAAGAUCUAAAAAGAAUUGAGCUUGUAAAGUCCAAAAUUGGGGAGUUUCCUGAUUUUCCUAAGCCGGGAAUUAAUUUCAGAGACAUUUUCACCGCUUUAAUCGAUGGACAAACAUGUAGAGCAUUAAAAGAAGUUUUAAUUAAUUAUGUUAAAAAGAAUCAUCCGUCAAUUGAUGCUGUGGUUGGCCUUGAUGCUCGAGGAUUUCUCUUUAGCUUCACAAUCGCAUCUGAACUUGGUGUUGGUUGCAUUCCGAUAAGAAAGAAAGGAAAACUUCCUGGUGAAACUCACAAAGUUGAAUACAUUCUCGAAUAUGGCAGCGAUGUUUUCGAACUUCAAUGUGGAGGCAUUAAAAAAGAUCAAAAGAUUUUAAUUGUUGAUGAUUUGUUAGCAACUGGUGGGUCAUUGAAGGCUGCAAUUGAAUUAAUUCAGAAAGCAGGUGGGAUCAUUGACGGUUGUCUUGUGGUCAUGGAACUGAAUGCUCUCAAUGGACGUAAAGCUCUUGAUGGAUUUAUUAUAUUUGAUAAGAUAAUAAUGGGAACGAAAGUGAUAGAAUAUGUGGACACAUCGCAACUUUACGCAACAAAUUACAUCAGAAAUUCAAAAGCAAUUGCCGUGCUGUGGGCUAUCUUCACAAUAUGUUAUAGCAUUAUUGUGAUUGUCAGUUUUGUGACACCCGAAUGGGUUGGAGACUUAGAAUCAGAGACUGGUGGCCGAAUUGGCCUUUGGAAGUUAUGCGAGAGAAAUGAAAUGAACGAUAAUUGUGUUGGAAACUUAGAAGACAUGAUGGACAUGCCAUCAAUGUCAUUCCAGGUGGCAACAAUAUUCGCUGGAAUUGCUGUAGCGACAUCACUUCUCACCAUCAUGUGCCUGAUCUUCAUGAUUUUCUUAAAGUCAACAACAGUUUUUCAUAUUUGUGGCUGGAUGCAGAUUCUUUCAGCGAUUUCCAUGAUUGUUGCAUGUGUGAGUUUUCCGUUCGGAUGGAAUUCUGAUGAAUUUCGGAAGAUUUGCGGCCCUGAAGCUAAUCGUUUUGAUGUUGGACUUUGUGGUAUUCGAUGGGCUUAUGCUUUAGCUAUAAUUGCUUGUAUUGAUGGAUGUAUUUUAGCUACUCUUGCUUUUAUUCUUGCCACUCGACAAAUCCGUUUGCAACCUGAACCAGGAUACCAGAGAAACAUGGGGACAGUCAACAAUGCUUACAUAACUGACGUUCACUCUCUGACCGGCUCAGGGUCAAGAAAAUCAUUAAACUUAAAACCUGUUUUGCUGGUAUCAUCACCUCACGUUCAGCAUUCAACAGUUGCCGAAGAUUCUAUUUCACAAUUUUCCAGUCGAAAUGGUACUAAUCAUCGAUUCCAUAAUCCAAUGCAUCAUCAUCAUCAUCAAUUUCAGCUUUAAAAUUUAAAUAUGAAAAACAAAAUAACAAAUAUCUUAGAUUUGUAAAUAGACAUAAAAUAAUUAACGAAGUGAUUUUAAUCUUCCGAUAAUAAACAAAUACUUAAUAGAUGAAAUA